AAACUGGGUGAGACAGUUUUCAACGAACUGUCAUUUUGUAAGGUGUAUUAAAUCACGUAAUUGAGUAACUGUUUAAAAAUAGUAAAAAAAUAAAUAUAUUCGUGAGAUAAAUAAAAAAGAUAAUAAACAUGGCAUCAAGUGAUUUGGAAAAAUCAGCACCGUUAGAUGAUGUGGAUUUCACCAGCGGCUUUGAGACACAAUACGAACAAGAGUAUCGUCCUCUUAAGCCACAAGUCAUUGUACCCCGCACCCAAGAUCCCAAAACCUUGUGGUAUCGUGAUUUACAAACCAUAAUAAUGGUGUCAUUUAUUGUGGCCAUAUUUCUAUUUGGCACCGUGCUGUUGACCAAAUUGGUCUUCACCUCAAAUCCCCUGUAUGUGUUUGCCAUCACGGCAAUUUAUGUGAUUUUGGCCCUUGUAAUGAUUGUCAUUGAAGUGAAGAGUAUACAUGUGCGCUGAGAGGAGAGUGGAGGAAAUAAAUAAAUAUUAAUUUUAAAUUUUAUGUGAAUUUAUUUUUUGCUGAUUUUGUGUAUAUUUUUGUUUUAAAAUUAUAUUUAAGUGUAGUGUUUAAUUAGGCAGGAAAAAU